GUUUUCCUCGUGGAUAGCUAUUGUUCAUUCUCUUCCGAUCUUUCUUACCAAAAACAUCUCUCUGGGGGACGACCAAAUUUUUUUCGGACUUAAAAUCCUACUUCCGUAAACAGGCUAGUAGCAAGAUGUGCAACCCCGGAAUGUGUUCGAUGCCCGGCACUUGCUGUGGACCGACUGGCGGCCUGGGACCCUGUCUGCUGUGCGGACCCUAUAAUGGCCAGUGGUUCCGGUCGAUCAACCACUGCUGCGGUCCCUGUGGACCCUACGGAUGCUGCUCCUGCUACGGGCCCUACGGCGGACAUUGUUAGCCUGGUUAGAAGGAAAGUAGGGUUUGUCCCUCUGCAAUUAAAGCCGAGAACAGGAAUGCGGAGUGGAAGAAAAAUGUUUGCAUAGUUCCCGUCGGCAACAGCAAUAGAUGUUAAUAAAUUGAGUUUAUUGGAGAA